AGAAUCAUGGCAGCGCCUCGGUCACCCGAAUGCUUGGUCGCCGUUGCUUCCACCUCUGCCUCCACGGUCGCCGCCCCCACACCCCUCUACUCGAAAGAACUUAAAAAGUGGGAUGAAUUUGAAGAUAUGUUGGAAGAGAGGAGGCAUUUCAGUGACCUGAAAUAUGCAAUGAAAUGCUAUACACCUACUGUUUACAAGGGGCUUUGCCCUUGCAAACCAGAUAAAAUUAAACGUUGUGUUCUCAAAUCUGAGGAGGUUCAGUAUAUUAUCAAGCAGAUAUCCAAGGAAACACAUGAGUCCACUGAUAUAAUUCAAGAGGAAGCUUCUGUAAUCCUGGAUGAGAUGGCUCACAAAUUGCGUUUGGGAGCCAUCAGGUUUUUUGCUUUCAGUUUGAGUAAAGUGUUUAAACGUAUUUACAAGAAGGUGUGUGUGAAUGAAGAAGGUAUUCAGAGACUACAACGAGCUAUUCAGGAGCAUCCAGUCGUUCUGCUGCCUAGUCAUAGAAGUUAUAUUGAUUUUUUGAUGCUGUCUUAUGUUUUAUACACCUAUGAUUUACCUGUACCUGUCAUUGCAGCAGGAAUGGACUUCCUGGGAAUGAAAUUGGUGGGUGAGCUGCUGCGAAUGUCAGGUGCUUUUUUCAUGCGACGUACGUUUGGUGGAAAUAAACUCUAUUGGACUGUGUUCUCUGAAUAUGUAAAAACCAUGUUACGGAAUGGUUAUGCUCCAGUUGAAUUUUUCCUUGAAGGAACAAGAAGCCGUUCUGCUAAAACCUUGACUCCCAAAUUAGGUCUUCUCAAUAUUGUGAUGGAACCAUUUUUUAAGAGAGAAGUUUUUGACACCUACUUGGUUCCAAUUAGCAUCAGUUAUGAUAGGCCAUUAGAAGAAACUCUAUAUGCACAUGAACUUCUAGGAGUUCCUAAGCCAAAGGAAUCAACAACUGGCCUAUUGAAAGCAAGGAAAGUACUCAAUGAAAAUUAUGGAAGCAUUCAUGUGUACUUUGGAGAACCUUUAUCACUCCGAUCCAUAGCAAAUGGGAAAAUGAGUCGAGGUCCAUAUAACUUAGUUCCCAGACACAUCCCCCAGAAACCCUCUGAGGAUAUGCAUGCAUUUGUUAGUCAUGUUGCAUACAAACUGGAACUUCUACAAAUUCAAAAUAUGGUUCUGAACCCAUGGAAUCUGGUAGCUACUGUAUUUCUUCAGAAUUUACCAAGAAUGGACUUUGAUAUUUUGGUUAAAAAGACUGUCUGGCUAAAAGAUUUAACACAGACUUUUGGAGGAUUUCUAAUUUGGCCUGAUAAUAUAGCUGCUGAUGAAGUUAUACAUUCUUCUCUUCUUCUACAUUCUAACAUCGUCAGUUUUAAUAAGGAUCAGGUGAUUCUGAAAGAGGAAAGUGAAGAACCAGGAACUGCUGAAGGACUCGUUUUCCAGCAUAUCACUAUACUCAUGUGUGUGGCUUACAGAAAUCAGCUGCUUAAUAUUUUUGUCCGUCCUUCUUUUGUGGCUAUAUCACUGCAGAUGACGCCUGGUUUCAGGAAAGAAAACAUCUACAGCUGCUUUGACUUCCUACGUGAUGUGUUUUCAGAUGAAUUCAUCUUCUUUCCAGGAAAUGCACUGAAGGUAAAGCUUUUAUAAACAAAACAGAACAUGUGUAGCUUGAAUUCUGAUCAUAUUAGUUACUUAGUAUGGCAGGGCUCUGAAAGAAACUAACAUUUGUGGUUUGUCAUUAUUCUAAGUCUAAGCAUUUCUAACUCAGACAUAUUCAGAUUGACAUUGUGUUCCUCUCUCCUCUACACUCUCAGAUAUCUCUAUCCCAAGAUACAUUGAAAUAACAUUUAUAAGUAUCUUGAACAUGGAAAAGUUCAAUUGAUUAA